AUGUUGCUAUUCCACAUCGUAGCCGUCGUUCUGACCAGCCUCGGGGUUCUCGCCAGUCCUAUCGAGAAUCAUCCACAAAGGGAUGGUCAAAUAUCCUACAAUGUCUUAACUAAUGCGGAACGACUGUCCAGGGGAUUAGGACCAGCCAUGCCAAAUAGCUUGGGGAAGCUCAUCCCGUCUCGUGCUCAGGUUGAAUCCGGGAACGCACCCAUUCAAAGAGGGGUCUGUCCAUCAGCAAGACCAGUCACAUUUCUCCCCCCCCCCCACCCUUUACUUAACAAUGAGGAAACCAUUAUCCCUGGAAAUGGAUCGAGGACUGCCACUCUCUCUCUUCCAUUCCCAGUUAGGAUCUUCGAUAAGACAUCAAGCAUCCUUAUCGUCAAUGAGCAAGGUUGGGUGGAUUUCGACUGGUAUGCUAGUAUCGGUGCCAAUGAACCUCUUCCAAGUGACAGUUUACCUUUUUACUCUAUCGCUCCCUAUUGGAGCAGACCACUCUAUACGGAUGGAUUCUAUAAGGUCACCUAUCAACUUGAUCCAGGGGCCGUAGCAAUUCACUGGUUUGUCCGUACCGAAUUCGGAUUUCCCGAUUCAAGCAUCGACUUCACCCUCUACUGCGAAACUCAAACUCCCGGGUGGUGGUAUGUCUACUAUGACAGAGUGAUAGGGAUACAUAGCGGUAAUCCAGCCACUAUCGGCGCACAAGGUACAGGCUCUUUACAACAGCCUAUACCAGAUCAGUGGACGCAAUACAGCUACAACAAACAAGGUGCGGUUCAUAAUGGUCUAAGACUGGCAUUCGAUACGAACUGUCCAGGAAGAUAUCACAUUGGCUGA